AGUUUUGAACAAAAGGUUGGUGGAAAAGGGUCAACUCGUGUGGCAGUUGGUAAGAUUAGAUAACAAAGAGGAAGCAUUAGGUAAGCCAAUACCCAUUAACAAAAGGAAGAAAAAAAAAUAUUGAGAGGAAUUCAAGAAAUGGGCCUCUACGCAACUGCAAUGGAAACCAUGGAAGCAUACACAGGCCUAUCACCGGCAGCUUUUUUCACGAUUGCCGCCGUUAUGGUGGUGGUUUACAAGAUAGUUUGCAGCAUGUUUGUGGACCCAGAAGAGUUUGACAAGAAGCCCAUCAACGCGAGUGGUAGCAUGGCCACCAACCAACCACCACCACCACAACCACAACCACCAACAAUUCAGGAGCCAGUUCAGUUGGGAGAUGUUACCGAAGAAGAAUUGAGAGCUUAUGAUGGUUCAGAUCCUAAUAAGCCUCUUCUCAUGGCUAUCAAAGGCAAGAUCUAUGAUGUCUCUCGCUCCAGGAUGUUUUAUGGUCCUGGUGGUCCAUAUGCAUUGUUUGCUGGAAGGGAAGCUAGCAGGGCCUUAGCACUCAUGUCUUUUGACCCCCGAGAUCUUAAUGGGAACCUUGAAGGCUUAAGCGAACCUGAGCUUGAAGUUUUACAGGACUGGGAAUAUAAAUUCAUGGAAAAAUAUGUGAAGGUCGGGCAGCUUGUGGGCACUGAUCAAGCUGUUAAUGGAGGUGAUGUCCAAGAGAGUGAGAAACAUGACUGAAAUCAGGAGCAAUGAAAGCUGAGUUUAAGCAUGGUUUUUUAUGGUUACCAAGUGUAUGCAAUACAUUAUUGUAGCAGAGGCAUGCAUUACAUAGAUGGAGAGCUACUUGCUGAACAUAGAUGGUAAGUGUAAACUGAAAGUAGCUUUUAAUUUGAACCUACUGGUCAUGAAAACAUAAUUGAUGAUUUGGCUUUGCCUAAUUCACAUAGUUUCUUUA